AUGACACCGGACAGCAGUUAUUUUUAUUAAUGUGUCAGUAUGGGGUCUGGUACGCUGCCUCUCAUUCUCUUGCUGAUGUCCUUCUUCCACGCUGGACUCACUCAAGCGAUACCAAAACCUGUAGUGAAGGUGAGUCCAGAUCAGCGUGUGUUCAGCGGAGAGACAGUCACUCUCACAUGUGACAUACAGAGAGCAGGAGACAUUCAGUGGACAUACAGCUGGUUUAAAGAUGGAAACACUUUCUAUCAGUAUGCAACAGCAGCAGCAAAGUACAGUUUCAGAGCUGCUGAUGAGUCUUACAGUGGUGAAUACAGCUGUAGAGGACAGAGAUCAGACUCACAGAGAUCACACACCAGUGCUGCUGUUACACUGACUGUAUCAGGUUUACCCAGAUCUACACUGACUGUGACUCCAGACAGUCCUGUGUUCACUGGAGAGACAGUCACUCUGACAUGUGUGAUUGAGUCUUACAGUAACUGGAGAUAUGAGUGGACACCUGAGUGGAGAUAUGAGUGGACACCUGAGUGGAGAUAUGAGUGGACUAAAGACACAGACAGUGUAAUGUUACAGGCGUCUGAGCGUUACACUGUAAACAGAGACACUCUCACUAUCAGAGGAGCGAAUGAGUUUGAUCAGGGUUGGUACUGGUGUAGAGGACAGAUAAGAUCAGUCUCAUCACAAUCAAGCUCUGUUUCUCUCUCUGUGAACG